AUGAGUUCGAUGGAGGAAUUACACGCAACACCUCCACCCCAACGCUUUAACGAUGCAUCGGAGAGCGAUCCCAAUGACGACGAUGACGAUAACAGCAGCACGUCUACCGCUGGUCCGCCUGGGUCGACGCGCACGGGGCGCUACCGCCGUUUUGUUGCGGAAUCGUCUGUGAUAAGCAACAAGUCACCAAACACCCCUCCGCCGCGGGGUUACAGGCGCAGCGGCGCAGCAAAACGCAAUGGGAGUUAUCGCGUUGCAUUUUCAAGCAAACAGCACUCACGUAACGGGAGAAGCCUGAGCAACACAAGUACUGUCGCCAGCCUUAUGGGUAGUGUACAGGAAUGGAGUUGUUCCUUUUGCAUGUUCAGUCCUGGACGAGCAGCGGCUCCGCCUCAAAGGUCGUUUUUGUUCAGUCAACGAAUGUCACUGGGUGGAGGUUACGUGCCCCUACCGAACGGUGGGGCCCACUCGUCGUUGAGUGUGUCACCACGCCCCUGUAUAGAGUCACCACGGUUGGAUGGCUGGCGUCACUCAAUUCCUUUUAGUCCUUCACACGGUGCAAGCAUUAGUGGUCCUGCUGGCACAGGAGAUGCCGGUGGAGUCAAUGCAAGCAACUCUCAUGUCACCGGUCGUGCAUCACCUUCGUCUGCUUCACCUAGUCCGCUUCCAGGAAUGUACUGGUUCGGUCUGCCGUCGAUGGCAGCCAGCGGAGGAACGCCCCCAAGAUCGGUUGCUUACUACGCUAUGGGUGGUUCCCCGCGGUUGGUGAACAGGGGAGGUAGUGGGUGCUUUACGUCUGCGGCAAGGAAAGAACUGUCAGGGCUUGUGCGAUCACUCGCAUCCCACAUAGCGCUCACCGGAACACCAAUCGGUAAUGGGAACACGACUCACCCAGUGGACAUCCAUAAAGGCCCGCUAAUUGGGGUGGGUGGCUUCGCGAAAGUUUAUGCUGGGGUGGACUGUGUCACUGGGAGCCUCGUCGCCAUUAAGGAGAUUAAUAUGGCGGAGGUGAAUGAUCAAGAGGGGUUUCGCGCCAUUAGUAAGGAAUUUGGCGUUCUGAAGUCUCUGAAACACCCGAAUAUUGUCUCGUACAUAUUUUUUGAGCACAGUGUUUCGCAAAAAGUGUGUCGAAUUGUGAUGGAACUGCAUACGGGUGGAUCGACACUUUCUCUAUUGGAGCGGUUUGGGCCCCUUCAGGAGACGAUACUGCGCAGAUUUUCUCGGCAUUUGUUGGAGGCUAUAGCCUUCAUUCACCAAAAGGGGUUCUUGCACCGUGAUAUUAAACCAGCUAAUAUCCUUGUGAGCCAUGAUGGCGUGGUGAAGUUGUGUGAUUUCGGAUGCUGCAAGCGUGUAAAUGAACUGAAUAAGUCCACAAAUUGCGUAAUUGGAACACCCUUGUACAUGGCACCCGAGUUCAUCAAAGGAGAGGGGACUCACAAAUCCGAUAUCUGGUCGAUGGGAUGCUCGCUGUUUGAACUUGCAACGGGUAAAUUACCGUGGUACCACACGGGUGUGCGUGAUCAUAUUCCUCUUAUGUUUUACAUCACCACAACAAGUGAGUCCCCACUUGUACUGCCGCCGAACGAAGAGGAAUUUGACUUUAGCCCAGAGUUCAUUCACUUUUUGGAGCAGUGCUUCAUUCGUAACGUGUCCCAGAGACCCGAAGCAGUGGAACUUCUUAAGCACCCGUGGAUCACGGGGCGGAGGCUACAUCCUGACUCUCUCUUCACAGGCGCUGGAGUGUCCGUUAGUCAAAAUUGGCAGUCCACGUACGGUGUAGCAGAUGAGGAGCAGUUGUGCCAGAAUGAACUUGAGGAGGUUUCUGCCCGUAUCUCGGUGGAGAUGUGCAAUGUAUGGAUUGCCGGUGGAAUCAAGGGAGUACCCGCUACCCCCUUACGUGUUUCUCAGCAAACUGAGCUGCAGCACAAGAGCGAUGACAUCACGAAUACACUUAGCGCAGGUGAAAGACGUCCCUUAGAGCUUCAGGCAACGAUGGGUAACAGCCGCUCUGAAAGUCCAGCGGCUAGCUGUUUCAGCGGUGCAGGUGGUGCCUCGACAAGCCCAACCAUUUGCUUAGAUGCAGCACUCCAUGACACCUUCAGCUACACCGUACCCCGUGGGGCGUCGGCCGGAAACUUUGUUUUCCCUCAGAGCACCUCGUUCUCGACCUCAUUGACCUCCCCCCAGUAUUUGCGUAUCACUGACGAUGGAAACUUAGAGUUCGCUACUGUCGCUGACGACGAUCAGGUGGAAGUAAGCGCUGAUAUAGACGACGCCUUUCUGAAUGUUCCUCGUGUGCGCACGGACGGCAAGCACAACUUCACCCUCGAUGCAUGCAGCAAAACUCCCGUUUAUCCGGGCAGUAUUAACGGACCCGGGGCUAACGUCCUGUCAAACUCCCCUUGUAACACACCGCAAGUGGACCCGGCAAGCAAUGACAACAGUAAUGUAUCACUUACGUCUACCGUACGAAGCUCCACGUGCCGCAACAGCCGCUUUGUACCAUUAGCACACAAUCAAAGCAUGUCGCUCCUGUCAAGUUCCUCCUUUGGGUCACGUGUUGUCUCUCCGUCGCGGUACUCUCAACAGGCGUUAAACAUUUCGCCAACAACAUCGCAAUGUCUCCAGCCACUGACAAGAGUGACGCCGUCGUCGCCGAAACCCACAUCUCCCUCCACAGCUCAAAGCAGCGAGGAUGUCCCGCGUGAAGGGGCAAGUCAUCUACUACCUUCUUCAAUAAGAUCGCGUCUGCCAGAAAAUGUAAAACGUGACGUGAAUGGAAGGUUAUGCAUGUGCUUUCCCGUUCCUACGGGUGACCCUGAGAAAUGUCUUCGCAUUCCGCUGAAUAUUGAUCCAGAAGACGUUCAAUGCAAGGUCAUUGAGCGGUCUCCCAGUCUCGUGGUGACCUUUAGUGACAACAUUAAAGCACAAAUCACGGCCAAAAUGAAUGAAUUGUCGGCCACCGGUACCACUGAUAACGUCGAGAGCGGUUUGGAAGGACACUCGACUGUAUCGCGAGUUGGCAACUCCUUCUUCAGAGGAACUGUGCGAGCGUCACCUAAUGUUCGCCACAGUUUGGGAAGCACAUCGCGGCCACGGAAUCUAGCCUCAAUAACGAAGAGUGUAGUGGCGGUUUCUGAUCCGCAUCCACACAAUUAUCAAGGACGAAGAAGUGGUAGUAGUUUGUGCGCUUCGCUAACCUAUUCGUCAUCUACUGAUGGAAGGACACCCACGCAUUCAGGGGAUGUGUAA